CAAACUUCAAGUACUGCAUCAAAAUGGGCUACUGAUAUUACAAAGGACAUCUGUGCACGGGAAAUUUGUAACCUUGCUGCUAAGGGUAGUGGAACCCAUUUUGAUGUGACACACACUACGGUGAAGCAACUGGAGGAUUUUAGGGUGGCCGAGUUAGCCAGAAUCAUGGAGAAAUCUGUGCUGGUACUAACAUGGAACUUACUUGAGAGCAUGCUGUCUGGGGGAACACAAUCUAAAGUAACCAUCAGGGGAGAUCAUGAUGGUGAUGUCAUUGUGGAAAAUAGCAACAGUGAUGAAGAGGCUUACUGGGAGGAGAUUGGGGAAGGGGAUCUCGAGGGAUCAUUG